AUGCUCACAAAUAAUGCUACCAAUGGUGGUGAUGGCUCCUUUGCCCAUUCGGAAAUUUCUCUACCGCGCCCAAUUCGGUUUUGGCUUAUGCUUCUAUUUAAUGUUCCAUCGGUCAUCUGCGAUUUCUGUAUCAUUAUGCAUAUCAUGAUGAAUCGAAGACGACGAUCUGCAUUGCAUAAUCAUGCCAUUUUUAUUGUGAUUCUAUUUAACUUGCCAGUUCAAAUCAUUGAUAUCAAUUUUCAUCUUCUUUUUCUUCAUUAUGGUUCUGUACAACCACCAAAACCUAUUGUAUGCCUCAUCUGGUGGUUAAAUGAUUAUGGAUUCUAUAUUGGAGGCAUCAUGGUGAUGGCAUGGCUGGCCAUUGAGCGGCAUAUUUUAGUAUUUCAUAAACAAUGGAUUGCGAAUUUAACAGGACGUUUAUUUCUCCAUUAUCUUCCUAUGGCUACUAUAGUCACAUAUAUUCUACUAUUCUAUAUUAUUGUCAUUUUCUUUCUAAAUUGUGAAGAUACGUAUGAUUACAAGUUGCCGAUAUGCAACGCAUCUCCAUGUUAUCAUAACUAUGGUAUUCUGGGUAUGUGGGAAUUUAUUUUCAAUACUACUACACCAAUCCUUGUCGAAGGUAUUGCUAGUAUCUUAUUUAUUAUGCGUAUUAUAUGGCAAAAGCAACGCCUUCGACGUUCUGUUGAAUGGCGCAAACAACGUCGACUUACCAUUCAACUAAUAUUAAUGUCAGUUUUAAAUAUCAGUUUUAAUCUUCCCAUUUAUCUUAUUCCGCUUGCUCAUCUAUUUGGUCUACCACCAGAAUAUGGCGUUCAACCCGAACUUUAUUUCUUUUUUCUAGGCUAUUUUGUUAUUUUUCUAUUUCCAUUCAUAUGCCUCAGCCAGUAUCCUGGAUUGCGUAAAAGUCUCAAGCGGAAAAUAUUAUGUAUGACUUCACAAGACCAUCAUGCAACAGCUACUGUUGCGCCUACAGAGAUGGCUACACGAAUCGGAACUUUGGCGCGGUACAAGUCAGCAAUGGUUCAUGAAUAA